AUGCCAGAAACCUCCGAAGAGCUUGUGCAGAAGCUGGUGGAGAAAUUCAGGUCGCUCCUGGACGAAGCCCUCAUAGUUGCCAUCGCCAGCGACCAUGAUCUCACAGAAGCUUCUCAGUACAAGUCAGCUCAGACUGUCUUAGAAGACCUUGCCCAACAUGUCACAACCGAAGAAGCGACUGGAUUCAACCCGAGUGGCAUCUCAAAUGUCCCUGAAGAUGUGAAUGGUGAUGAGAGUACAGCUGAGACAAACAGCCAGCAGGCGUCUCGUGCUCACGACACAGACACCACCUCCGCCAGCGAUCAAACCGCGUCGACAGCAAAUACGUCCUACUCCAUACCACGACUUACUUCAUUCGAUGAUGACAGCGAGGAGAAUAAGGUCCUUCUCCUCCAAAGCAUGUUUAGCGAGCUCAAGGACUUUGACAUUAAACACUCACUGAAAAAGGCGAACGGUGAUGUGCAGACUGCGCUCGAUGACCUACUGAACAUCCAGUAUCUCAAAUCAACAGGGCAAGAGCAGAAGGGCAUUGAUGGCUUCUUUGAACCCGACGAAGGCGCUGGGAAGAAGAAGAGAAGGAACAAGAAGAAGGGCAAGAAAGCUAUUGGAAGCGAAACACCAUCCAGCAGUGGAACUGCUUCUCCCUCCCCUGAUGACCUGAAAGAGUUGAAACGCCAGGACGAGAUUGCAUACCUAGCAGACAGGCUGGACUUACCUUUUGAAGUAGUCUCCGAGAUCUACUACAACAAACGCUGCGCAAACGGUGCCGCCGCUGUUGAGAUUUUGCAUCGAUACAUGUCGCAAGGCAUCGAAACUCAGGACAAAGAAGGCAAGAAAUAUGCACAAGAACUUGCCCAAAAGUAUCAAAAUGUCCCAGAGAAGUUUAUGUCAACAAUCGUUCAGGUCACAGGCUCCAUAUCACAGGAAUCAGACGACAUCGCGGCGCUUGUUAGCAAACAUUUCGUCAAGAAUCCCUGGACCCAGAAGCUUGAAGUCAGUUAUCAACUGACGCCACUGCCGGAAGAGGACAUCGAAGGAUUCGAGACAGUUACGCGAGGGAAAUUCAAGCUAGCCCGACCUGUCUCGGGAAGUACGAGCUUUCCCGCCGGCUCGUCAGCGUACGCGCAAGCUGCUGAGAGAGCCAGCCAAUACAAUCGAGCCAAACGUGAAGCAGCCGCUUCAGCAGCAUCCUUAAAUCGACGUGGUGUCUCUAAUCCACUCUAUCGACAGGCAGCAGGUUACUAUUCUGAAAGGGCACGAGAGCAGGCUCGAUAUGAAAUGCAUGCUGCGUCAACGGCGGCAGAUUUACUCGUUGAUAAGCAAAGCACAUCGACUUCGAUUGACUUGCACGGCGUUUCCGUGCAGUCUGGUGUGCGAAUUGCUCGCGAGAGAGUUCAGUCCUGGUGGGAUGGCUUAGGAGAGUUUCGGUCUGAUAAAGCUCGACAGCAGCCGUUUACUGUCAUAACUGGACUCGGCCGCCAUAGCGCUGGCGGUGUGUCACAGCUGAGACAAGCUGUAGCUGCAGCUCUUCUCCAAGACGGGUGGAAAAUGCAGGUUGAGACUGGUCGCUUUCUCGUCAAGGGUAGGCGAUAA